GUUUGAAUAUGUUAAAUGGACUAUACACCAAUAAAGUGACAUAAGAAUACCACGAAACUACUUGUUUGUCAAAUAGAUAAGACAGAGGAAAUAAAAAUCAGCGAAAGCGACAAAUGAAGUGGAAUAAAACGUGGAACAACUAUUAAACAUGGAGUGUGUGUAUACCUUACAAGUUCUCUACGUGGUCCUGAUAGCCUGUAUGUUUUGUUCUGGGUUCGAAUAUCCAUCAAGUGCAGGGAGCGAUGUUGCACAAACUGCGAAAGCAUCAAGUGAGUGCAGCAGUGGUUGCAACAAGACAUGUCCCGGAAGGACCGCACUUCCUACAGUCUCCCAUCCGCUUGCAGAUGCUAAAUGCUUGGAUAAACCAACAAGUUUGCCAAGUCAUGCGGUUAGUUCAAAUGGAGCAGCAACAUUUGAUGGUGGGGAUUGCGAUCAUGUAAAUACGACAGAAGCUACUGGGAAUCGAGGAUAUUUUACAGUCGCUCUUUGGGUUAAGGCUUCAUGUUCCAAAUCAUGCCAAAUUUUGUCGUUCGGAGACAGUGCUCAAUUGAAAUACAGCGGCACCUCUUUGACUUUAUCCGGCACUUCCGUUUCUGCAAAUCUAGCCUCAUGGAAGUGGAUUUCUAUACGGUUCAACGGCGAGAUGUAUAUGUUUGUCUCAAACAUAAAUUCUAGGUUUCACAUUGGCGGGAACUUCGUUACCAGCGAAUCAUUAAACUUAACAAUUGGUCCAAUGAGAAAUCUACCUGGCUAUGCGAUUGAGGUGGCAGACGCCCGAUGGUUCGCCGAUUCCUUAACAAGCAGAGAACUUCAGCAAUUGAGCAGUGGCGCCUCAAAUCUGGAAGUUUUGGAGGUCGAAUCCAACUGCAGAUGCCCUGGAGACUUCCCAGUACUUGAUUCCUCUACAAAGCCAUAUAAAGGCCUAAAAUGUCUGAGCAACAAUGGGAGCGCCUCAGUGUCAAGGCUAAACAAGAACGGUGGAUACGCUGUCUUCCUGGUGGAUGGAGACACGGGUACAAGCUGGAUGUCAGGAAGUGGGACAAAGCCCACCUUAACGUUAGAGCUGAAGAACUUGCAUAUGUAUCAGAUCCAAAAGGUUACUUUCCGUGGAAUGGAACCAAAUGUAAAGACAAUUCAGGUGGAUCUCUACCGAGAAGGUUCAAAAUUGUUAAGCAACUCCUGCACACUAGGACCUGGGUCAAUUUGCAUUAAUGAAGGUUCGGGUGGGUUGUCCUUGAAAAUAGAAGGCGAUGCUGCAGAUAUAACCCGGACAAAGUACGAGAAUUUGUUGGCAAAUAAACUAGUGAUAACUUUGAGCGCAGAUAGUCCCGUCGUUUUCAGCAUUGCUGAACUAAACGUUGGUGCGAGAUGCGGUUGUUAUGGUAACGACCCAACAUGCGCAAUUUCUGCCGACGGGACAUACACUUGUGCCAAUUGUGUCGGUAAUACAACGAGCACUCAUUGUGAUAAGUGUAUUGAUGAGCACUAUCGCUCCUCCGUGAACGACCUCGUGUGUCCACAUUCGCGUCAGUGCAACACAAAUGGGAGAGCAAAUGGCUUCUGUCAAGAGGUUGGCGGAGCAUGCACCUGUAAAUCAAAUGUCGAGGGCCACCUUUGCGACAAAUGUAAACACAACACCGUCAAUCUAGGUUCUAGUUCAUCAUCGGGAUGUACAAGCUGUCUAUGUGAUCCGAUGGGAAUUGUCCAAUGUAACGAUGACAUGACCUGUCAAUUGCAAGCCGAACGUUCAGGGUACGAAUUGCUCGCAAUGCAUGGACACUUUCUACGACAUAACCAAUGUUGGCUGUAUGGCAUGUGCAUGUAACAUCGACGGAGUUGAUAAUAGAAAUAUGUCUUGCGACUUUACAACUGGGCAAUGCAAAUGCAAAAAUAAUAAUGUACAAGGUCGACGUUGCGAUGAAUGCAAGGAAACAUUUUAUAAUCUCACAUCCGGUUGUGGAUAUAGAUGUAAUUGUGAUCCAUUUGGAACCCUAAAUGCAAGUGCUGUGUGUGCAAUACCUUCCGGUCAAUGUCCGUGUACUGGGGAAUAUAGUGACAACAGAAAAUGCACAUGCGCAUGGUGUGUAUGUCUGAGCGGGAGAAGAAGCGCGCCCUCGAGAAGCAGGUCAAGUCACUUCAGCUUCUGAUGUUGCUGCUACUCCGGGAAAACAUCGCCUUCCUCGAGACCCUACUACAGCUGCUGCACCACACCGCCAUGUGUCUGGAGAACAGGAUGUCCGCCGCAUCAACAUUUAUGCAUAAAGAUAAUUCGGUGCCUGUGUAGUCUAUCUUAAUGGUUUUGUGACGUGGUGUGGUUUUGUGACGAGGUGUGGUUUUGUGACGUGGUAUGGUUUUGUGACGUGGUGUGGUUUUGUGACGUGGUAUGGUUUUGUGACGUGGUGUGGAAUUGAGACGAGGUGUGGUUUUGUGACGUGGUAUGGUUUUGUGACGUGGUGUGGUUUUGUGACAUGGUGUGGUUUUGCGACGUGGUGUGGUUUUGUGACGUGGUAUGGUUUUGUGACGUGGUAUGGUUUUAUGACGUGGUGUGGUUUUGUGACGUGGUGUGAUUUUGUGACGUGGCGUGGAUUUGUGACGUGGUGUUGUUUUGUGACGUGGUAUGGUUUUGUGACGUGGUGUGGUUUUGUGACAUGGUGUGGUUUUGUGACGUGGUGUGGUUUAGUGACAUGGUAUGGUUUUGUGACGUGGUGUGGUUUUGUGACAUGGUGUGGUUUUGUGACGGUGUGGUUUUGUGACGUGAUAUGGUUUUGUGACGUGGUAUGGUUUUAUGACGUGGUGUGGUUUUGUGGUUUUGUGACGUGGUGUGGUCUUGUGAAGUGGUGUGGAUUUGAGACGGGGUGUGGUUUUGUGACGUUGUGUGGUUUUGUGACAUGGUAUGAUUUUGUGACGAGGUAUGGUUUUGUGACGUGGUAUGGUUUUAUGCCAUGGUGUGGUUUUGUGGUUUUGUGACGUGGUGUGGUUUUGUGACUUGGUGUGGUUUUGUGACGUGGUAUAGUUUUGUUACGUUGUGUGGUUUUGUGACGUGGUGUGGUUUUGUGACGUUGUGUGGUUUUGUGACAUGGUGUGGUUUUAUGACGUGGUGUGCUUUUGUGACGUGGUGUGGUUUUGUGACAUGGUGUGGUUUUGUGACGUGGUGUUGUUCUGUGAAGUAGAGUUGUUUUGUUACGUGGUGUGUUCUCAUUAAACGUCUGUUGGGCCUAACAUUUUGCCUUCAAAUAGGGUCUUCGUUUAAUGUUUGUUCACGUGGCUUUCACUGGGUCACACUGGUUACUGUCAUUGCUUUAGGAAUGCAAGUAUUCUUAUAUAAAACUUUUAUUUACACGAAAAGAACAAUUAAUUUGAAACUACAGUAAAAAGCCCCGUAGACAGGCAUUGAACGAAGAACCUAUAAAAGGCCCAGUACUAAAGCCCAGCACACAUUAAAACGAUCCUGUUAAAGCCCAAAUGUUUCAGUCAAACAUACAUUUAAUGAAUACCCUGAUUUAGGCCAAUUGUCAGUCAAACAUACAUUUAAUGAAUACCCUAAUUUAGGCCAAUUGUAAGGCCCUGUAUACAUUUAAUGAUGACCCUGUUAAAGGCCAAGUGUUUAGGCCCAACAUGCAUUUCAUGAAGACCCUGUUAAAGGCCAAAUGUUUAGGCCUAACAUGCCUUUAAUGAAUAUCCCGUUUGAGGCCAAAUGUGAGGCCCAACAAACACAUAAAGAAGACCCUGUUUCAGACCAAAUGUUAGACAGAAUAAACAUUUAACGAAGAUCCUGUGACAGGCCAGAUGGUAAGGCCCAAGAUAAUUAAACAAAGACCAUGUUAAAGGCCCAGUAUUAUUAGAGCCAAACACACAUUUAACAAAUACCCUGUUAAAGGCCAAAUGUUUAGGCCCAACGGACGUUUAACGAAAACCCUUUUAAAGGCCAAAUAUUAUGUCGAAUAAAUAUUUAAUGAAGAUCCUGUUAAAGGCCAAAUGGCAAGGCCCAACAUAAUUUAACAAAUACCAUGUUAAAUGCCCAGUGGCCCAAUAGUAAGGCCAAACAAGCAUUUAACGACGACCUAGUUAAAAGGCCCAAUGUUAAGGGAUUUCGAGAGACACACCACGCGACGCACGCAUUUACAAAAUAUAUCAAAAUCCAUAAUAUUGUUGGUAGGUGAAAUAUUUUGAAGCAUUCAAUGGUCAUGGCUUUUACUCAAACAAGUAAAUUUCAUAUCAAGCGCAUAAUCUUUCGCCGAUUGAUCGACUUCACACAACAAAGCAACCGACUGCCGACAUCAAUAAACAUCAAAGAUACUGACUGCUGACAGCAGCAAGUUAAUGUUUACGUUUCCGUAUCACUUGGAAUUAACAACUGGAACGUCGAGCUCAAAUACCAAAGUAAAGGAUCCAUACAUGUACAGUUUACACUAUUUGUACAUCAACCGACCCGUAGCUUUGAAUAGCGCUCGCAAGACCAGCGCACUGACCGAGCUAUUUGAAGAGUUUGCCGCAUCUUCGAUUGAUCACGACAUUGCAGUAGUGCUUUGUUUAAUCAACAUGUCAUAUAUGUAAUUGGUAGAUAUUUUCUAAUGCCAUCGUCAAAUGACAUGAGUUAUGAACAGUUUACUGCGGCUGUAGUGAUCGAUGCUGUAUUGAUAGAUAUAUAUGUAUAAGAUUUAUUUACAAAUAUCCAGUAGGUCAUGGUCAAGGCGGACAAAGAAAAUACAAUACAAUAUUUCUAGAUGAUUUAAUGCAUAUAUAUUACUAAAAAGAAUGAACCAAUAAUAAGCAUUUAUAUUGAAUGAACAUAUGCUACAACUGUACAUAGGAAUAUGGCUUCCACGGCAACUUUAACACAAUUGGCUCCGUCACGUUCACUUAGACGUUUGUUUCUAUGUUUCGUCCACAUGUUAAAUGUACUGUUUAAGGUUUCCGACCCACAAAUAUGUGAAUUUUAUAUUACUGCUGACCAGACAUCAUUGCAAAGGGUCUUGU